ACGGAAAAGUAUCGCGUGGACCUUGGACGUUUGAGAGCACUGUAAACUAUACCUGUAACACUGGCUACCACACCGUUGACGUAACCACUCUGAAGUGUAACAGCAGUGGUCUGUGGAAUAAUAAUCCACCAAACUGCACUGAUAUAGAUGAAUGCCAAAAGCGCGAUCAAAACGACUGUCACUAACACUCCGGGAAGCUACACGUGCAAGUGCAUCGAGGGUUAUGAUGACCUAGAAGGGAACAGAGGUCGAAGGUGUGAAGAUCACAACGAAUGCGAGGACCCUCCGAAUACCCAGUGCAGUUUCUGGCUCAACAAAACGCGCGCAUGCGUUAACUUGCAGGGUGGUUAUAUUUGUAUAUGCAACAAGGGAUGGAACGGCACAAAAUGUGAUAAUGAUAUUAAUGAAUGUUUGGAACCACACCCAUGUGGUGAACAUGCUCAUUGCACAAACCUUUUUGGAAGUUAUAACUGCUCAUGCCCACCUCAAUACCCACAGGGUAACGCUUUCCUUGGCUGUUUCGAGCCUGUAAUCAUUUCAUUUGAAACCAAUGGUACAAGAUUCAAUGGUGACAACGAAAUCUUAGAUACAUUUCAAAUACCCAACAGGUUUCCGUACUUUGGAACAUACUUCACGUUAUUCAGGCCAAGCAUGGAUGGAUUCCUCGCUCUCGACUUCCAGCCACUUUACAAUCAAUAUGGGGGCGAAACUCCCAGCGAAUGGACAGCUGCUAUUCAGAAGCAUAUCGUCAUUGCCCCGCUAUGGACUAACAUUGACAGCCGAAAUAUAUCAAAUGGUGGUCUUUGGAUUCACGUGUUGACUGACAAAGACAAGUCUGACGUGGCAAAAAUCCAGGACCUCGUUCGCCAAUACACCAACCAGACCGAGUUCAAUGUCAGUGUGGCCUUGGUCGCCACGUGGAAACACGUUACUAUUCACUCACCUUACGAGCCCGGAUAUGAACUCGUCAAUCAUCAGAACCUUUCCAUGCAAGUCAUAUUAGUGACAGAUGGUAUGUACACGUACAUUAUGUUCAACUACGACAGAGAACAAUUCAGCAUCAGACCACUAACGGAAGUACCUGUUGCAAGUGGUUUCACGCAUUUGGACUAUUCCGCAUCCGUUCUGUCAACAAGAAACAACUUUACAAAUCUAAAUAAGGAAUCAAACGUUUACCCGGGAUUCCCGGGCCGAUGGCUGUAUAACGUUACAACUAUAACCGCCUCAAUGUGGAAUGAGACCAGAUGUUUGCAGUUUGUGAAGGAAAAUAACCGCACAUUAAAGAGCUGGAUAACAGAACAGCUUGUGUUUGCAUUACCAUGCCCCUGCCAAGAGGUGCUUAUGCUGGAGGAUUACACGUUUACUCGGAAAGAUGAGAUAUUACCUGGUAUUGGAACCAAGUUCACCCACACGACAUGCUACGAGUCCUGGUUCUUCAGCGCCUACGGGAUCAAACAGAGAUGCUGCUACUUGUUCAGCAAACUACAGUCUCAGUAUCCGGGGGCUGUAGCAGCGGAGUUUGAGAACACCACCAUUGCAUCACUCCUCCAGGAAGGCUACUACCAGUGCUGCUCUCCUGAAGGCAGCCAUAAAUACUGUCACUUGUACCAGCAGAUCAACACGCCUGAUGACUGCUCCAGAUACACGAUCAGCGAUGAGAUACCACUGGAGGACAAGAAAGACACUCCACAGAUUGAAGACGUGUCGGUGGAUGUGGAGAAAUUAGCAACGAAUCCUCGAAAUCGGGUCGUGAGAAAUGUACAAAGUGAUGGUGAGCAGAGAAAAUCCGAAUCAAAUGUUGACAGUGUUAAUAACGUGUCCAUGUUUAUGACUAUGUACAGAAAUCUGAAAAAGAUGUUUGGGUUCGGAUAAAAAAUAGGAUUUUUCCCGAAGGUAAUCAUAUAACUUGACAUGAAUUGACGUAUUGCAUAAUUUGUGUGCAGUAGCGUGUAAGUUUGAAGAAAUAUAUGUGGUGAUUUUUUUCCAGUCAUAAACAUUAUAGUUUCCAUACAUAUAGAACAUGUUGCAGUGUUAGUGUAGUGUGUGUAUUGUGUGAUGAUGAUAACAGUAUUAACAUCGUGUGUUGACAUAUUAAUCAGAAAAGGUAGUAAUAUAUACACAUUAUUCUCAAUUUUAAAA